CCCCAGCCAUUCCUUCAACACAUAAAGUACCGGUAAACGACAAAUUUGACUUUUGUCUCGCCUCACAUCUCUCACUCCCAUCGUCCAAUUUCUCCAAAGCGGAGAUUAUAAUCCCCAUGAAUGCCCACUAGCAAGCACUAAUUAACAAUGGAUCCCCGCCUGAACAAGAAGAUCGAGCCGGAGAGAGGCUCAAGCGACAUGGUCGUGGACUGGUUGAACGAGGCCUCGAUGACAUCCAACGACACCCUAAAAAUAACCAACCUGUCUAAACUCCAGGAGAUCCUCAUAAAGAAGGACCCCGACCUGUUGGAUUGCUACCUGGAGGAGGUGCUCCAGUUCUCCCUUGACAAGAACUCCGAAGUGCGAAAGACAGUCUGCGGCUUCAUCGAGGAAGCUGGUGACAAAAGCCCGGAGAUAAUUCCCCGAAUGCUGCUGACCCUGUCGAGGCUAGUCUCAGACGAUGCCCCAGUGGUGACAAAACGUGCCCUGCGAACCUGCGGUAAGAUCCUGCGAGCAGUCUUGAAGUGGGUCUCGAGUGCUGCUAUCGUCACCCCGGAGAUGGAGGCAGCCUGGGGCCACUUGAGUGACCUGAAGAUCCAGAUAAUCAGCAUGAUAGACAGUGACAACGACGGAAUCCGAACCCAGGCAGUUAAACUCCUGGAGGGAGUGGUUCUCCUGCAGACGUACCCCGACCCAGACACGCCCAGAAAGCCAGACGACUUCUCCCUGGAGGACAUCCCCCUGACCCUGAAGAUAGCACGCCGAAGAAAACUGGAGGAGGAGGCGAACCGCGUGAUGGACCUGCUGAUAAAAUUCCACGGUUCCCCCCACGUCAGCAGUUUGAACCUGAUGACGUGCAUGGGAAGUCUCGCGCUGAUUGCCAAGACACGUCCCCAAUUCAUGUCCAACGUCAUCACAGCCCUCCAGCGCCUCCAGAACGACCUGCCCCCGACGUUAUCAGACUCGCAGGUGACGAGUGUCCAGAAGCACUUGAAGUUAACCCUGUUGAACCUGAUGAAGCACCCAGCGAGCAUCGAGUUUGCCCCCACAAUAGCCAAACAACUGACCCAACUGGGAGCCAAAGAGCAGGAGAUCCUGAAGGUCUACCCCAAAGCUGAGGACAUUCGAAGGAUGAAGAAACGCCAGCAGGAGUCGUCCAUCAGCAAUGCCUCGAAACGCCUAAAACUAGAUCCCAUAAUUCCUCCCCCUGAGGAACCAGAGCCCCCACCAGCGCCAGUCCCUCCCGUGAAGCCCCCCGAGCUGAUAGAACUAUCAGAAUCCUUCAUUGCUGAGAGACUGAGCGUUGAGAUAGCCGCAGAACUGGUGAUGGACAGCAUGGCAUGGGUGCCAGACACCAUGACCUCGAUAUUCCAGCGUGAAUACGUACCCAAUGCAACGACAGACGUGAGCCUCCAGCGUCAAACAAUUUCCAAACUCCUGGCUGUUCAGAUAAAACAAGCUAAAGCUAAAAAGACUAAUAAAAAUCUCAAGGAAGAGGACAUUGUUAUGGAGGAUUUGAUCAAGAAUCCAACGAUAACAGUGGCAGAGGCCAAACGCGAGAGAAAACGAGAGAAAGACAGGGAGAAGGAGAAGGAAGCCAAAGCCACCCUAGAAGCUGAGAAGAAUCUCGCCAAAGCUAGGAACAGAGUGAAGGUCUUGAAGUUGAAUGAUGUGACAAAGCCCCUGGCCAAAGAGACCAAAGAGAAGAUGCUGCUGAUGGCAGUCAACAGGAUUCUGAAAGCCGAGAAGAGUGCAGUGUUCGGUGGAGUUGCUGGAGUCAGAUCGAAAAUCCUCACGACUCUUGCUGCCACCUUCAAUCCUUACAUCAAAGAGGCUGUUCUGCGUUACAUAACUGAGGAAAUGAGAACACGAUUGGACUUGGCACUGGGUUGGCUUUACGAAGAGUACGCUCUGCUGCAGGGCUUCCAGAGGAGGACAAUUCUGGGGACAAAACCCCAUGAGGCACCCCAUCAAGCCUACAACUUCCUACUGUGCACCCUCAUCUCUGCGAUCGAUGGAAUUCAGGGGAAGGAUCGAGACUCUCUGCUAGCUCGAUUGUACCUGGAGGCUCCUCUGAUAACGGAGGAUGCCGUUGAGGCCUUGAAGAGUGUCUCUUCAGAUGAAAAAUGGGAUCUCACUCCUCUCACUCUUCUCAAGGAUCUCGUCAUCAUGAGACCCACCAAGGGACUGACCUUCUUGAAUGUUCUCCUGUGUCACACUGGACAUGAGAAGAAAAUCAUCAGGGAUAUGGCCAUCAGUCUGGUUGUGGAGCUGUAUGGCAGGCCUGAAUUAACGAAAUUCAUUGAGGAGUACACGGUUCUUUAUCUGGGGUUCUUGAGAUUGCAGAAUCCACCGGAGAUUGUCUUUGGAAAGGACAGGGGAAGGGAGCAGGUGGAGGAGCACUGGUCGGAGUCAACUACCAGAGCUUGUUUAGAACUUUAUCUUGCUGUUCUGGGUAAACAUCAGGAUCUGAUACACGAGUUGGCGAAGGUUUACUCGUCGAUGGGGGCUGAUGUGAAGAGGAUAGUCCUGAGGCUGGUCGAGGGUCCAGUGAGAUCCCUAGGGAUGGCCAGUCCUCAGUUACUGAAGCUCGUGGAGAUGUGCCCUAAGGGGGCUGAGACACUUGUCACCAGGAUUAUCCAUAUUUUAACUGAAAAAGCACCACCGAGUGCUGAGCUCGUUGCUAAAGUCAGGGAUCUGUAUCAGACACGAGUGUCUGAUGUGAGAUUCCUCAUUCCAGUGCUAAAUGGCCUCUCGAAGAAGGAAGUAAUGGCAGCACUACCGAAACUCAUUAAACUCAAUCCCAUUGUUGUGAAGGAAGUGUUCAAUCGACUUCUUGGGACUCACAACAAUGACAGUGGCAUUCCUCAUACGUCACCAGUGACUCCAGCUGAGUUGCUCAUCGCUCUUCACACAAUUGAUCCUAGUAGAGCUGAGCUGAAGACUGUUAUCAAAGCUACGUCGUUGUGCUUCGCUGAGAAACAAGUUUACACUCAGGAAACGUUGGCUGUGGUGAUGCAGCAUCUUAUGGAGCUCAAUCCACUCCCUACGCUGUUGAUGAGAACAGUCAUACAGAGUUUGUCGUUGUAUCCGAGACUCAGUGGAUUUGUCAUGAAUAUUUUGCAGAGAUUAAUUCUUAAGCAAGUUUGGAAACAGCCGAAGGUGUGGGAGGGCUUUGUUAAAUGUUGUGAACGCACUCAGCCACAGAGUUUUGCUGUGAUACUGCAGUUACCACCGCAACAACUCGGGGAGGCGCUCAAUAUGGCACCGGGGUUGAAGGGACCACUGCGGGCACAUGUGGAGGCAUUCGCGGAGAAUCAAAAGGCACAUGUUCCACAAUCGAUAAUGGACGUAAUCCAGGGAAAACAAACAAUGGAAAUGCACGACGAUUUUGAUAUUGCUCCACCGGGAGACUAUCCACCAGAACAAAAAAUAGAAAGCAUGGAAGUUGAUUUAUCAGAACCAGCCCCCCCAGGCUUAGAUUAAUUACUGAUGAAUGAUCAAUAAAAGCAGUGAACUUGAACAAUGAUUUGUACAUAACAAACGUUGUUUUCUAUAUUUUUCUAUUGAUAAAAUUUAUAACAAAAUAUUGUGCUGUAUUUCGAUGAUAGAUAUUACAGAUGUUAAUCCAAGGAUUGGAAUUAUUGUGGUUGAUCACAGUAAAUCCUCUGUGCGACACUGGAGGUGGACUGUCAGUCUUGCUUUGCGUUGGGUUUCGAUGUUGUUAAUGCUUGAAAAAUGUUGGUGGUUCUGAGAUCAUCCAAAAUCUACUCCAGUGUCCAGUAGGUCACGCAGCAUGAAAGACGCCUUUUUGGGGAG